GAUAAGCACGGGUGACAGCUAAAAGCAAAUGUCAUUUUGUGGAGAACGCCGCUAGAAACUUGCAAAUCAUUUCGUUCGUUUGUUACUUGGCGAGUUAAUUUUAAUAUUCAGGCAUGAGCAAUCUUGGUUUCCAGCAAUUCCCCGAGUACCAGGUGCCCGGCGUGCAGCAAGCAGACUUUUCGCCCUACGAAUCCAAUGGCGGGUCUAUUGUGGCUAUUGCUGGGGACGACUUCGUGGUGAUCGCGGCCGAUACACGUCUAAGCAGUGGAUACAAUAUCCAUUCCCGGGACCAGAGCAAACUUUUCAAGUUGUCUGACCAAACGGUACUCGGUUCAACCGGCUGCUGGGCAGACACCCUCUCCCUGACUGGUCUCUUGAAGGUGCGCAUGCAGGGCUAUGAGCACACUCACCUGCGUACCAUGGCCACCGACGCCGUUGCCCAGAUGCUGUCUAUUACCAUGUACAACCGCCGCUUCUUCCCCUACUACGUGAGCAACAUCUUGGCUGGAAUUGAUAAGGACGGCAAGGGCGUUGUGUACUCCUAUGAUCCCAUCGGUCAUUGUGAACGUGCCUUCUACCGUGCGGGAGGAACUGCUGGAACUCUAUUGCAACCAGUACUGGACAACCAGAUCGGACACAAAAACAUAAACCUUUCCUCCAGCGAGCUGCCUAAGCUCACCAUAGAGCGCGCAGUGGCCAUUGCAUCCGAUACCUUCAUUUCCGCAGCCGAGCGCGAUAUCUACACCGGUGACUCCGUCCUGAUUAACAUUAUUACCAAGGACGGAAUCGAGGAGAAGAAGCUGCAACUACGCCUGGAUUAAGUUUAAUCAGAAUCUAUGUGGUCAGGGGUAAUAAAUGGACUGUGGAAGACCCAGGCUUUAUAAGUUAAAUGGCUACAGAUUGAUGUAUUUCUCCGAAGAAACUGAAUUCAAAUAAAGAAGGGAUCUGUAAGAUUUCAAAACAUA